AGUGCGCACGAGUGCACGCACGCGAAGUUCAACAGUUGCCCGUUGCGGCAAGGUUGCCCGGACGUGUCCUAGCGAUGCUGCCCUUUGUACUCUGUUCAAUUCUGGUAGCCAUCUUCGCCGCGGUCACCUUAGAAUUGGCGCGCAAGAUCCCCGCCAUCGCUUUCCUGCCUCAAGACAACGGCAGCAAAGUUGUGCUCUUCGGCCGCACGGGGAUCAUGGAUCCAUAUGCAACUGACAGCUUUCAGGUUAACUACCGUCUGCUCACUUUGCUGGCGUCUGUGACAACCCUGUACAUGGCCAUGUACUUCGUUCAACGGAGGCGACGCCUGCCGGUGCCCAACGAUCAUCAGGAUGACAAGCCCGCCCAUGAAGACGACAACGGACAACUGUUUGAAGACGUGCGCUCGCAGUGUUCCAAAGGAAGCUCUGGCUUCGACGAAGUUGAUUCCGCCCUCGAGGCGCAAGCAGACACGUUGGAAACUGGACCGAUCCUCUGGGCCGAUUCUGAAAUGUGCCGGUCCACCCGACUUCACGCCUGUCCAAGUGGUCAAAGCGUGUCUUCCACGCGUAGCAGAGGACGUCCACUUCGAAGCCGCACGGACUCUGGAAGCAGCAGCGGCAGACCACCAUCUUCAGCAUGUAGGAUAACCCCUCUCUUGUCGCCGACGCCGCCUGUCGCGUGCAAAGGAGGCAACCGGUUCGGCAACCUCCUCUCCGCAUGCCAUCAGACAGACCCGAUGACGUUUGCUGAAUUGUUCAACCAAAUCGACGCGCAUUCGUUUAAGAAGAUUGCCGAUGGCGCCCACUCAGAUAUCUUCCGCGUCUCCAGCUACCGUGGCGACAGCGUCAUCAAGGUUGUCAACCUGGAGUUCAUCGCGAACUGCUGGGACCAGCUCUUUUCAGAGAUCAUCGUCGCAGCGAAGGUGUCAGCACUGAGGCACGGCGUAGACUACAACACGGCUGGAUUUGCUGAACUUCGGAGCGUGUCCUGUGUUUCGGGCUGUUACCCCGAGGAACUGAUCAAGGCCUGCCGUGAAUUCCAAGAAAAGGAAUGCGGACAGGAAGCGGACGAUCUAUCAGCAUUCAAAGAGAGUCAACCGUUCCUUGUGUGGCACAUGUCCUACGGUGGACAGCCAAUGCACACAUUUGAGGUUAGCGGCGUACUUCAGCUGUGGAGCGUUAUUCAGCAAGUGAUACUGUGCAUUGCUGUGGCCGAAGAAGCGUUCGAGUUCGAACACCGGAACCUGUUUCUGCGUCAUAUACUUGUGAAGAGAACGGAUGAAGAUACGCAGCAGUUCUGCAUCAGAGGACGCAGCAUCGUCAUCAACACGUGGGGAAUUAAGGCUCAAGUCAUCGACUUCGCAGCCUCCAGGAUCAUUGACGGUGACUCCGCUAUUUUCACAAACUUGGACCAUACGUUGCAGGCGCCUGCGAGUCGCAACCUCCCGUUUGCGUACAAGCAGAUGGGCUGCAUUGUGUCUGGCAAGUGGGAAGCCUACCAUUCCAUGACCAACCUGUUCUUCGCCCUGCAUGUGACCAAGGAGCUCCAUCGCAUGUAUCGCCAUCGGUUCGAAACGCUCACAGACCCUUACGAAUAUCUGGCAUGGUCCGAAAUCGAAAGCCGCCGCCAUCAGCUUUUGGAUUACGUCUGCCUUGCCGACUUUGUUAUGGAUAGCUUCAAGCCGGAACCUCUAAAGUAACAAAUUUGAGAAGCGAUAAAUUACCUAGUAAAAAUAGUUCGUAGCGGUAGCGUGUUACCGUUGGAAUACCUCCAAACGGUCCCGUGAUAACGAUUUUAAAAACGAAAUAAAAUCAAAUCAAACUUA